AUGUACGCAGCCAACAAUCAUGGAGACGUGCUGCCAAUGGAUGUGGACGAGCUGCCGCAACCGACCUCGAGCUUCAACGGCGCGAUUGCAAUCAAGUCGCUAGGAGGAUACCCAUACCCACUGUCAGACGUCGGCAACUUCGAUAACUACUUGGACCAUUUCUUGUUCUCGCCUGAACCCUGCAGAAGACCAUCGGCGACGCCAGCGGAGGCAUCUGUGGCCCGGCGACACGACAUCGUCAUUCGACGCGCACCCUACACUGUAUGCCAAGCCUCCGGAGCCGAAGCAGUUGCAAGGACAUUGGCCAAGCUCCAUCAACUCGACUCAGCUCUUGCUCAGUUGCGCCCGACCAAUGAUGACAAACAAGGAUUGCGUCGAUUGCUCUGGGAAGCCCGUCGGAAGAUCAAGGUUACCGAGGAUGCCUAUCCUGACUUGCUUGACGUCGAGCCUCGCUGGUACUCUGGCCUCUCUCUGGGGGAACUAGAACUGUACAAGGAGGCCUUCGUCAUCGAUGCAGAGGCUAGACGGGACAAGGACAGCCACCGACCUCAUUUUCCUUCGUUGCUGAAUCCGGUGAGGGAGGCUGCACCGCCCUUGUCGUGGCACUAUCUGGGAGACCCUUAUCCCGCAUGCAAGGACUGGAUUAUGCAACGACCCUUGGCUUCUAUCCGUCCUCGAUCGCGAUCGGUAUGUAAUGGGCAACGACGCGACUUUGUGUUGGACUCUAAGCACUGUCUUGAGUGUCGUCGGGACAGCUUACGCAAGUCGCUGCUGGUCUGGAAGCACCGCCAGUCCCUGCCGGAGCCAUCUCAGGUCACGGGUCCAGUUUACUUGACACCUCCAACCUCGCUUCUAUCGCUCCCGGCGGCGAGCACCACUGGUGACGAUGGGAAUUACACCUCCGGGUUCAUCGACAUGGACGACAUGACUGAUUCUGCCACACCCACACUCAGAAUUAUUAAUUACAGCGAUGACGAAGAGGACGAAGACGAGGAUAUGGACCUGGAGCCCAUCCAAGAGGAGCUGACGCGUUUCCGGGAUCCGCGUCCCUCGGUUGACUCGGAGAAGCUUUUGGAAUCAGGGUUUCCCUACGAUUUGAAGGGAUCAACUCCCGAUGCUCCUCUCCUACGAGAUUUAGCAGAAUUCAGCGAUGAGUCGGACGACGACCUCAUGGACUGUGACAUGGUCACGAUGGUGGACUCGGACGAGAUAAUGUUGAUCGAGGACGAGGACGAAUUUUAUUAG